AUGGGAGUACAAUUAAUAUUUAGGUGCUUAGCACUUAUUUAUUUUUCUUUCAAUCACUCAAAUUCUUUGACUGUCGUUAAAAAAUCUCAGGAGCACCUCAAGAGCGACAAGCCCGAGGAGUUCGUAAAAUCAACAGAAAAGGCAGUCGACGAUGUCAAUUACGUGAGAGAGAUCACGGAUAAAAUGAACAACUAUCUUGCAAGUCACCAGGUUGACGCAAACUUGUUCUGUGUCGGCAAACUUGAGACCUGCAGGUCGAUCAUAGACAGGUACGUAAAUCGUUGCAAAUCUGGUGAUUGUUACUCACUGGAUCCAGUCACUGUGUUCUCAGUACCCGGUAAAUUUGAAAUAACACUUCCACACUUGGGUCAAUAUGAAAUGGCCAAGUAUGUGUUUGACAAGUCGGGCGCAAGGAAUACUGUCUGGAGUCGUUUCGCCGACGCAUUCAGGAAGCAGAAAAGCAAGAAUUCCCUUUCCGAAUUCAACAAUGAGCUUUUAAGGAGGAACUUAACCAGGGUGUCAACCGACUCCAACAACUAUAUGCUCCUGAAUGAAAUCCUCUACGCCUCCACCAUCUACUACCAGAAGUAUCUGAAUGAGAACCGUUUCUCCUCUAUGAGAAGCAACAGGUCCAGAGGUUUGAGAACCUUCUUCAAGCUGAAGCACAGAAUGCCGCUGGUAAAGAUGGUUCGUGACAUGGUCGGGGAUCAGACGAUAGGCAUCAGCCACUCUGACUUGAAGAGCUUGAUGGACUCAUUGGCGCUCUACUUGUCAAUAAGCAACUACAGACCACGCCCGAACUUGACCGUCGCCUUCGCAAGAAUGGUGAAGCACGCCAUAUCUGUAGCGCUCGGAUACAAGAAGAUCUCAUUCCUCAUGGCAGAGUACCUUCUCACGCACCCAACGGACCCAGCCAAGUACUGCAAGGGCAACGCCGAGGUCACAUGCAAGCAGACAGUCACGAACUACUUGGAAAGAUGCGACGAGGGCGACUGCACAACUCUCGAUAACGUGGACCUCCUGGACCCGAAAGACUGGCUGAACACAAAGCUGCCAGCAUUGUCAGAAGUAUCAGUCUCAUUCGACCUGUUCAACGGAAGUAAGGCGAGGCAGCCCAACUGGUUUAAAAGAAUUCUGGUCUACAACAGGGGCAGGAUGACUCCGGAGCAGUUCAAGGAUACGCUGUACAACCGCAACGUGGCCAACGCUACCUACAAGACGAAGAACCACGGUAUACUGCACAGGUUCCUGUACAAGGGCGCCCUCGAGUUCGUUUGGAGAGCCAAGAAGCUCUCCUUCAAACACGGACUGACGGACUCGAGCAAGACCAUGAUGAAGUUCAUGUCCAGCGUGGCCGGCAGAGACAGAGUGUACCUUGAGAUACCAAGAGUGAGGAACGUCUUCAUGCAGUUCAGAAACUACCUGUACAAGUCCGGAAUCGCCGUGAGCUUGAGCAAGGUCAACAAGUUCACCAAGGAUACACAGCUGGUGCUCUUCUCGUACCUACACGACCCGCACCAGGGAGUGUACAGCGACAGGUUCUCGGAGGAGUGGCAGAAGCUGAAGGAAGCAGAGCUGAAGAAGGCCGAGAAGGAGCUGGCAAGCGAGGAGGGUAAAGAGGGCAAGGAGGUCCCCGAGGAGGAAGAAGAGGAGGAGGAGAAAAAGCACUUUGGCAACCUCUGGGGCCUAUUAAAGACGAGCAAGCCCAAGAAGAAGGUACCACAGGAGAACAAGGAGGGAAAAGAGGGAACUGAAGGAAAAGAGGGAACUGAAGGCAAGGAGGAAAGUCCCGAGGUGAACAAGGCCCAGAACGAAAUUGAUGAAAAGUUGAACAAGGCUGCCAAAGACUUUAGCAAGCUCUUUGGAUUGACUACGUCAGUAUAA